CUAUUACCUUUUAUGCCAGUCGCCGCAAAAAAACAAAAAAGAAGUCUAAUGCGGACAUUACGAUUAAAGUUGAAAGAUCCGUCGUAAUGGCCAGCCCGAGCGAUAUGGAGGAGUGGUAUUCCAAUCCAGUUUAUGCUCGCUACUGGCAGCAUUACAAGCAGGCCAUAAACUGGCACAAAAGGCACCAGCGGGCUUAUAAAAAAGCAAUGGAGGCUUGCUACAUCCCAUCGAUGUUUCACAUGUACUCAUCUGCCGUGCAGCAAUACUCGGAUUGGGACUCAGCUGAGGGUAGGCUGGACAGAGACAGAGCCACAGAAGAGGAAAGUGAGACUGACGAGAAUGAUGAGAGUUCGGACGAGGGUAUGAUUGAGUGUACCGUCAGCAAUGUGGACAUCUCAGAAGAACUGCGGCAAUACUUCGCCCAAACUGAGCAGCACAGGCAAAAUCUCAAGAUACAACAGGAGAUGAACGCAGUGGAGCAGGAGUCUUAUGUACUGGCAGACGAAGACUUGCACCGGGUUUCCUGGAAAAGCGUACUGCCCCCAUCUGAACGUCCAGGAGAGUCAAGGGCUGUGGAGAUGAAGAAACUUUAUGGCAAGGAAGCAGCAAAGAUUCAAGGGAUGGAGACCGCUAUGCGGCUCACCUUUGACCGUAACUGUGACCGAAAGCAGCCGAAAUACUGGCCUGUUAUACCACUUAACUUGUAAAGUGUUUUGUGAACUUGCCUCAACUUGAACUAGACUUAGAUGUAUUUGCUAUGGAACAGUGGAUGUGUUGUGUAUGUUUUCUUAAUUUCUGUAUGCCGUGUUUUGUAUUUUUCAUGAAAUAUUUUUUAAUGCAGGCAUUUCAGUGGUUGAUGUAACUGAUAAAUAAAACAGUCUAUUUUCUUCAA